ACCGGGCUCCUGCGGGGCGGGGGCGGCGCUGCGCGGGGCCCCGCGGCUUCCCUUCGGCCUGGCCGCGGCCUCCCGGCGGCAUCCGCGCUCUACCACCAUGUUCAGGCGGAUUCUGCAGCGGACUCCAGGUAGAGGUGGGUCUCAGAGUUCGGAUUCGGAUUCAUCUGCCACACCUGGAAAUGCCGUGGACGUGAACAACGAAGGCUCUUCAGAGGGCUUCAUCUGUCCAUUGUGUAUGAAAGUGUGUGUAACUCCUACUGAUCUGUCUGAACAUUACCAGAGUGAGCACCCUGGGAUAGAAGGAAGACAGGAGCUUCGUGACCUCCCAGCUAUUAGUGGCUUUAUUUGUCCUCUCUGUAUGAAGUCUCAUGGAUCAGCAGAGGAGCUGUUCAAGCACUAUGAAGCAGUUCACAAUUCUGGCAUUGAUUCAACUCGUGGAGGGGAAGGUCAUCUGUCACUGGAAAGAGAUGAAGUAUCACUGCUCCGACAAGAAGUCCAAGACUUGCAAGCUUCGCUGAAGGAGGAGAGAUGGUAUUCAGAAGAGCUGAAGAAAGAACUAGAGAAAUUGCAGGGGCAGCGGCAGCAAGAUUCUAAAUCUGAUGGAUUGACAACAGCUACGUCUACAGAAUCAUUAGAACGGCAACUAGAAGAGAUCCAAGUAGAAAAUUUUAACAUUAAGCAAAUGAAAGACUUAUUUGAGCAAAAAGCAGCACAACUGGCCACUGAAAUUGUGGAUCUUAAAUCAAAGUAUGAUGAAGAAAUCAGCCUUCGGGAAGGUGCAGAACAGAAAGUGACAAACCUGAGACAAGAACUGCAGAAAGAGAGAAGUACAGUAGAAGACUUAAAGACAGAGCUGCUACAAAGGCCUGGUGUGGAAGAUGUGGCUGUCCUGAAAAAGGAGCUGGUCCAAGUUCAAACACUGAUGGAUAAAAUGACUCUGGAACGUGAAAGAGAAUCUGAAAAGCUGAAAGAUGAGUGCAAGCACUUGCAGGCAGAGCAGGCUAACUCUGAGGCUACCAUUAACCAGUUAAGAGCUGAACUUGCCAAAGGACCUCAGGAAGUAGCUGUGUAUGUUCAGGAGCUGCAAAAACUUCAAAGUUCAGUCAAAGAGCUAGAACAGAAGAAUCAGAGUCUGACUGAGAAGCUGCUGAAGAAAGAACAGGACUACACCCAGCUGGAAGAAAAACACAAUGAGGUAUCUGUGAGUAAAAAGAAUGUGCAGGCAAGUUUUCACCAGAAGGACCUGGACUGCCAACAGCUUCAGGCAAAGCUGUCUGUGUCUGAAGCCUCAAUACAGAGAUUACAGACAGAGCUAGGUGAGAAGGCAGAAGCAAGCCAGAAACUUAAAGAAGAGUUAUCCGAAGUAGAGACCAAGUACCAGCAUCUCAAGGCGGAAUGUAAACAGCUCCAGCAGCAGAAGGAGGAAAAAGAGCAGCAUGGCCUGCAGCUCCAAAGUGAGCUCAGUCAGCUGCACAGUAAACUCCUAGAAACAGAGCGCCAGUUAGGGGAAGCGCAUGGGCGGCUCAAGGAACAGAGGCAGCUGUCCAGUGAGAAGCUGAUGGACAAAGAGCAGCAGGUGGCUGACCUACAAUUAAAACUUUCUCGUGCUGAAGAGCAGCUAAAGGAAAAAGCAGCAAAUUCCACAGAAUUGCAACAUCAAUUGGAAAAGGCAAAGCAGCAGCACCAGGAGCAGCAGACACUUCAGCAAAAUACGACAGCAAAACUACGAGAAGCCCAGAAUGAUCUGGAGCAAGUACUACGACAAAUUGGAGAUAAGGACCAAAAAAUUCAAAAUCUUGAGGCUUUGCUUCAAAAAAGUAAGGACAACAUCUCUCUGCUAGAAAAGGAAAGGGAGGACUUAUAUGCAAAGAUUCAAGCUGGUGAAGGAGAAACUGCAGUUCUUAACCAGCUACAAGAGAAAAACCAUGCAUUACAAAUACAGGUAACUCAGCUGACAGAGAAGCUGAAGAAUCAAUCAGAAAGUCAUAAACAAGCCCAAGAGAAUUUGCAUGAACAAGUGCAGGAACAAAAGGCACACCUAAGAGCUGCUCAAGAUCGUGUGCUUUCCCUGGAAACAAAUAUCACUGAACUAACCAGUCAGUUAAAUGAAAGUAAAGAAAAAGUGUCACAACUUGAUGUGCAGGUAAAAGCAAAGACUGAAUUGCUACUUUCAGCAGAAGCGUCAAAAGCUGCUCAGAGGGCGGAUCUACAGAACCAUCUGGACACUGCCCAGAAUGCACUUCAAGAUAAACAACAGGAGUUAAAUAAGGUCAGUGCUCAGCUGGAUCAGGUUACAGCUAAGCUGAAUGACAAGCAGGAAUACUGUACUCAGCUGGAAGCCAGUCUUAAAGAGUACAAAGAAAAAUGCCUUUCUUUAGAACAGAAAACUGAAGAACUGGAGGCUCAGCUUAAGAAACUUGAAGGUGACAUUCUUGAUGCUAGAGCAAGUAAAGACCAAGCCCUUCAGGAGUUACAGCAACAGCAACAUCAGUCUAAAGAAUUAGACCUCCGGACAGCAGAACUGAAUAAGCAACUUGAAGAAGCAAGAGAAGCGAUGUCUAAUGCUCAGUUGAAUUUGCAGAAGAAAUCUGAGGCUCUUGACCAAGCAAACCAACAAAUUUCAAAGCAGGAGGCAGAAAAGGCCAGUCUCAAACAGAACCUUGAGAAAUCAAAUCAAGAUGCAAGUAAACAGCUCAAGGAACUUGAUUGUAAAAUGCAAGCAGCCACAUCAGAGCUGCAACAAGUGAAAUUAGAGAAGGACGCUCUAUUAAAGGACCUUGCAGAUACCAAAGAUAAGCUCUCAAAAAGCUCUGAAUCCUUCAAAAAAAGAAAGGAGGAAUUAGAAAAAGAAAUUAAAAAAGGAAAAGCAGCUAUGGCAGAAAUGGAAAAAUCUUGCCAAGAAUUAAAACACCAGCUUCAGAUACAAACAGAGUCUGUAGCUAAAGAGAGGAAUGAAUUGAAAAAUUCACUGGAGAAAAAGGAGGGGAUUUCUAAGCAGUUGUCUAUAGACCUUGAUUCAGCAAGAGCACAAGUACUGGAAAUCCAGGGUCUUCUGAAGGAAAAAGAAAAAAGUGAGCAACAUCUCCAGGGAAAGCUGAGAGAGUUAAAGGAAUCUUUUGAGCAGAAGAAAAAACAUAGUGAGACACUGCAAGCUGAAUUAAAAACUGCCCUUUUAGAAAAGGCAGAGCUGGAGAAUAAACUACAACAACAGUCUAUUUUGUCAGCACAGGAGCUUAAAGCAGAGAAGGGCAAGCUAGCAGACUUACAGAAGGCCCAUGAUAAACAUAAAGAAAACAUGGAGAAGCUGCAGCUGGAUCUUUAUGGGAAAGAGUCUGAGCUGCUGGCAACCAGGCAAGACCUCAAGUCCACAGAAGAAAAACUUGCUCUAGCUCAAGAAGAAUUAGUUUCCAGCAGGAAUCGAAUUGCUAGCAAUAAUCAACAGAUUCAGGAACUGAAGAAAGCUAAGUCUACACUGGAGCAGGAUGCAUCAAAGAAAGAACAGCAGCUGGGUGAGAAGACCAAAAUGCUACAAGAUCUUCAGAAUGACAGGAUUUUGAAAGACAAAGAUUUGGCUAAUGAAAAAUGUAAAACGGCAGAGCUCCAGGAAAUAAGGAGUAGGCUUGAAAAAGAAGGUGCCAAGCUGGGUGAAGAGCUUAGAGUCUGCAAGCAAGAAUUUGAGAAGGAGGUGACAAAUCUCAAGGAUGCAAACCAACUAUUGAUUCAACAGAAAUUAGAACUGCAGAGCAAAAUAGAUAAUGCGAAUUCAACUCUGGAACAGGAGAAACAAAAACAUCAAGCUAUCAAAGAUCAGCUGAAAAAAAGAGAAGAGGAGCUGAAGAAAGAAUGUGGUGAAAUUGAAGCCAAACUGCACGCAGAGAAAAAAGACAAAGAAGAGGAAAAACGGAAACAUGAGGAAAAGGAGACUAAGCUCACCAUGCAGGUCACAGCCCUGAAUGAAAACCUGGCUACCAUGAAGAAAGAGUGGCAAAGCAGUCAAAGACGAGUGAGCGAGCUGGAGAAACAGACAGAUGAUUUACGUGGGGACAAUGCUGUCUUGGAAGCAACAGUUCAGAAUAAUCAGGAUGAGAGAAGAGCAUUGCUGGAGAGGUGUAUAAAAAGUGAGGGAGAAAUUGAAAAGCUUCAAGCCAAACUUGUAGAAAUGAAGAAAAAGCUGGACAAUACAACCGCUGCCAUGCAGGAACUUGGCCGAGAAAACCAGUCAUUGCAGAUCAAACACACACAAGCUCUCAACAGGAAGUGGGCAGAAGACAAUGAGGUGCAGAAUUGUAUGGCCUGUGGAAAAGGGUUUUCUGUGACAGUAAGAAGGCAUCACUGUAGACAGUGUGGAAAUAUCUUUUGUGCCGAGUGCUCAGCAAAGAAUGCCUUAACUCCUUCUUCCAAGAAGCCUGUCCGAGUGUGUGAUACUUGCUUUAAUGACUUGCAAGGAUAACUGGCUAUCGUGAGUGACAAAGAAAUGUUACACUAAAAUUUACUAUUUCUGUUGAUGCACUUCAUUCAGCACUCAGACUACUAUUCAGUUUGGACAAUGAUUGUAACACUUGGCAAAAUCUAGUAUAUUUUAAAAUGUUUAUUGAAACCAAGCAAAACUAUUGUAUUUUUUUGUGAGACAUGGGCUCAGAUCAUCCAUAGCUUACUAACAUUAAUCAUGGAAAGAGCUUUUAUGUCUAGAUUAGAGAUAUCCAGUUAUUUGUAAAUAAAGUUUAAACAGAGGAGUAACAAGGUAUUUUUUUAUCUUUUAUUUUUUUGUUCAAGAGAAACAGCAUUUAUGUGAUAUUGAAGUUUAUUCUUGUUUCCUUCAAAGAAAAAGGAAGAUGCAAAAACUUGUGAGGAUUUUAUGUACCGAAUGUUGCUGUAAAAACAUAACUAAUUGUUGCAUUUGAUUGCAUAUCUGAUGGUCUUUAUAAGCCAUUUUGGUUUCUUUUUCUAUCUCUCUUGUUCUUGCAUUUUUCUCUCUAAAGUUUGAACUCCACAGUGAGGGUAACAACUGGACUCAACUCAGUUUUAUUUGCCCACUUGUAGUGUCAGCAGGCAAGUCCUUAUCCAAUACAGCACUGGGGUGCUGGAACAUCUUUACACAUAUGGUAUUGCACAGUUGGUGUGUGAGUGCAUCUGUCUCUCUGAGAGAGUAUGUGUGAUCAAAUGAGGAGACAAAGUUUAUCUGGCAUUGUAGCAAUAUUAUAUGAUACAUUACAAUAUUUCAUCCCACAGUGAUCUAUUUCACUUUUACUAAUUGGUUGACACAUUUUAAUAUUCGAGGCACCCUUACAUGUGGGUUUUAAAAGGCAAACAAUGCUGGUAGAAGCCCGUAGCACAUCUCUGCCCCUGCCCGUAUCCUGGGAAGCACUGGGAGAUCACUGCUGUUCUAAGGGAAAUUCAGACCUUCAAGCCAGGUAUCCAAUUAAGAAAAAGUAUUUUUUGAGACAGCUAUAGUUUUUCUGGCCUUUUUUUUUUGUCCCUUCCUUCAGCUUUUGGUGGAAGAAGCUGAACUCCUGCUACACCUUACAAACCUCACUUCUCCAUUACUCCAUCUGACCCUCCAUUGCUCUGAAGUGUUCUGUUAGUUAUGUGAUUUAGUCUGCUUAGAAUGGAAGACUAUCUUUGUUAUAAGCCAAACAGCUCUAACUAAGAGGCCAAUAUAUUACUAUAAAUAUUUAUUCAUAUUUUCUGUACUGGGAAAGAAAGUUUCUUAUACAGUUCAUGUAGGCUCCAGACUUCUUUUUUUGUUGUGAUUUUGUUUGCACCUCUCCAUUUUUGCUGGCCUUUCUCUAACUUUUCUUCCCUUUGUAUCUGGUAUUUCAAAAACCUUAAGAUUAUUUCUUCUAAGCAGGAGUUAUGCCUUCCAAUAUUUAGGAUUUUUUUUGUCUUAAACACCCUAAUAAAUUCUCCACCCCUAAAAUGCUUCAGUAUCUUUCCAAAUUUUGCCAGCUGUUCAGAGAAAAAGGUUGUGUCCUGAAUUCCUUUACUUCUUUCCUGAGACAAGGAAUCAAAUUCUGUCACAAUAUGGUAGCUUAGUCAUCAUUAGGAAGAUUUGUUUGCUUUUAUCUAGUUACAGCUCUAUAUGUGAAUGAAGAAUUGUCUCCUUUAUAAAAAUGUCUUGUCUUGAUUAACUGUCAAGUGAAAAAACUUCAUCCUUCUACUCCAGAAGUAGUGAUGUAUAUGUUUCAUAUUCUCUUUUAACUUACCCAGGAAGUUCUACAUUUGCAUUGUCAAGGAGUUUUCUUAAAAUUCAGUUCUUAUUUCCCAAAAGCCAACUAAAUGAUUUAACUUGUUCUUGUCACUGUAAAAGGCUUUGGGCUACAAAUGUGGUUCAUACAAAGCACUGACCUGCUUUUCUGGUUUGAACUUGAGAGUUGUUUUUGGAUUUUUUUUUUUGAGAAAGCAACUGCUGCAACAAUUCCAUAUGAACAGAGCCUCUGGACUCCCUGUUUCUCCUCAUCACUGUAACUGUUUGGCAUGAGAAUAUUUUGAAUAGAAAAUAUGAUCAGAAUCACUCUGCCUCUGGGAUUUUUUUUAUCUUUUUGUUUGUUUACUGAGAGAAACCAAAAAAUUUGCUUUAGAGUCUUUCUAUGUCUGACUUGAGAAAUGUGGGAAAACUAGAGCUGUGACAGUCGUGCUCCAGCCUAGAUGCAUUCCAUCCUUUUCUGUAAUGCACAAGAGCCUUGUGCUGUUCUUAGAGUGAAUGAAAACCACAUAGAACAGGAGGGAUUUUUGUGUGGGGAGAAACUUCCCACAGCUGCCUAAGCUCAAAACACAUGAGGCAGAGGAAGAUGGACAUCUUUCAGGCGAGCUAGGAAAGUGGUUAGAAGAUUCAGUUGUGUUUAGGCCUUUUGGUUGGGAAUAUGUGAAAGCUCAGGAGAGACUUCUGCAUGGUAGAAGCUCUGGAAGGGUUGUUCUUAAUUCAGCCUUUUGGGAUGCUGCUGUGUAAAGACAAGCAGAGUCACUUUUUUUUAGCAGGCUGC